AUGUCCUGGAAGCUCCAGCUGCCGCGCUGGGGCAUUGAAGUCUUCUCGGGGGACCUCAUGGGCGUGAUGGAGCCCUUGGCAGAUCACUCAGGAUCACUCCAUGGGACCUACCUUGAGACCACCCACCAUGUAAAUACGGAGCUGAGACCUUUGUUGGCCAUGGCCAUUGGAGCCGCCUGGGCAGCGCAUCCCUUCAUUUUGGCCAUGUGCUUAGGGCCUUUGAGGUCUUUGCUCGGGCAUUUCGUGCUCUCCUAUUCCGGGGUGAUCUCCACCUUCCGCUGGUUGGAGCCACUGGGCGCCAAAAAGCGUGGCGUGCGGGAAGCCGCAAAGACGGUGAGGUUGGUGGCGGGGCUGGGGCCCAAGGGAUUUGAUGCCACAGCUUGGACCUUCGCCACCUAUAUGGGCAUUCCCGUGGAAGUCCAAUUUGAAGACGGAAAGUUGAAGCGUAUCAAUAAGAAGCGCUGGCGGAUCGUGUUAGACUUCGCUUGGCGGCUGGCAAUCCAUGCAGUCAUCAUGCUGGCAGCUCUUAGCUUUGGCAAAGCCACAGACUACAAGCCAUUCUUAGAUGAGCCUCCAGCUGCCCUGCCCAGAUUUGGACUUCCCUGGUCCAUUCCAGCCCUGUACCUGCACACAGUUUGGGUCUACUGUAUGCUUGCCUUGCCCAUGCUCAACCACCGCAUGAUUACCGCAGCCCUUUGGGGCCUGGACACGCAGGUCACCAUGCGAGCGCCGCUGUCCCAGUCCACCUCGAUCCGGGACUUCUGGGGCCGACGCUGGAACUUGAUUAUCCACGGCUUAAUGAAGCGCUGCUUCUUCAUGCCAUUCCAAAAUGCAGGACCCAUGAGGAAGAACUUGGCCGGGCUUUUGUCCUUUGCGAUGUCCGGGCUGUUUCACGAGUACAUGUGGCUCACCUUGCACGUGGCACGUCCGGAGAGCAGCCGCUACGUGGCGGGCAAGGCCCGGGUGCUGGGUUUUGAAGUGGUCUUUGUAUGUCUUUGUGGUGCAGGUGUUGGAGGUAGAAGGAUGAAGAAGGCCGUAUGUUUUCUAUGA